AUGCGUUUGAACCCAAUCGACCCAUACGACGACCCCCGUGUCACUCAUGAGUUUGCAACAUUGAAUGGGAGGAAUUACCACUACGUUCAAGGACUUCCACAAGGCACCCCGAAGGGGACUAUUGUCUGUAUCCAUGGCUUUCCCGAUUUCUGGUAUGGCUGGAAGAAUAUUAUUCCCUACCUACUGCAAAAAGGCUUCCGCGUCGUGGUCCCCGACAUGAUUGGUUAUGGAAAAACAGACAUGCCCCGAGUGCCACCCUCUUCCAUCUCGGCAUACAGCUGGAAAUCUACAGCCUCGGACAUGUACGCUCUCACCGAGCACCUCAAACUUUCAAACGUGAUUCUUCUCGGUCAUGACUGGGGUGCUUUCGUCUCCUACCGCAUCCACCUCUACCACCCACAGAGGUUCACCCAUAUUAUAACCGUUUGCGGCUUCUUCUUACCAAUCAUGCCGGUAUUCUUCCCACUGGAUGUUAUGGUCCAGAAGUACCCGAGCCUUACGUAUCAAAUUGCGUUUUCGGACCCGCAGACGGACAAGGAUUUGGAGAACGAAGAUAAUAGGAGGAAAUUUAUCAAGUUCUUGUACAGGAACAGUAAGGAUGCGAAGCCGGUGGGGAAACUACAGGUCGAGAAGGAUUUGAUCAGCGGGAUCGGGGAGGAUAAUACGUUAAGUGCAUUGUUUACAGAGAAGGAUUUGGAAGUAUAUAUGGAUGCGUUCUCGAGGGGAUUUCACGGUCCUUUGAACUGGUACAAAAUCCGCGAAGUUAACCACGAGGAUGAGCAGAAACUAGAGGUCACACGCAUUGAAUGUCCGACUCUUAUUAUCCGCGCCAUGAAAGAUAUGGCAAUUAGGCCGGAAAUGAUGGAUGGUCAGGAUAAACUCAUCACCGACUUGACGGUUCGAGAUGUGGAGGCAUCGCACUGGGCGCUAUUGGAAGCACCAGAAGAGCUAUACAAGCAUAUUGAUGAGUGGCUUAGCAAUGUCGUUUUGGGGGGUAAAUUGAAGUUGUAA